CAAAUGCUAUCCGUGGACGGGCGGCUCAUUGUCAGGAGAGUUGAACUGCGAGCAGGAGGGAGAGAAGGCAGGUACAGGUACUGGCAGCAGCCGCAGCAGCACUUGAGCCAACACAGAGCCACAGCAUCUGAGAAAACACACUGAACUGAGGAUGGAAACAGAUGCAGUCAAGUUCUCACCAGUGAGAAGUCCUCCUCCUCUCAGGGAUGAGCUGAGACAACCUUCUGAGCGCAGCUUCUACCUAAGCCCACCUCCUCCUUUCUAUAUCAAACCCCCGAAAUUCUCCCCUCCAGGAUACCCAGGUGUGUCACCCACCAGAGACACCUACAGCGUUUUCAGCCCACCUGCUUUCUUUCCUAUGCUUGGCCCCGGUUACGCCCAAAAGGAGGGAUCACAGAAACGAAAAAGAACUCCUUUUAAAGUCGACGCCCAAGACGGUGAAUCUCCCGACAGAGUGGAUGAAGACGAAAGCAGCAGUAAGAAGACCGUGGACCUGUCUCACUUCCAGUUUUCUCGCCCUGUGUCUUCUCGGUCUCCAAGGCCAGUCCCUGGUAUGAUUGAACUGAACAGACUGCAGCUCCAUCACAGAUCACCUGGUCUGAAUCUACCUGUGAGGGUCAAACAGGAACCUCUUAGUCCGUCCCCUGUCUGGCCCCCAUCCCCUCUCCUCCUACACCCUCCAUACUUCCCCCCUCUCCACCACAGCCUGUUACCUUACCCGUUCUUCAUGCCUGGGCCAGUCAUGCACCUCUCCCCAGGUGCUUUCUACCCCAGAGAAGAACACCGGCCUGCUCACAAAAGCCGUGACGGACCUCCUCGCGGUGGAACGACCAAUCCUGAGAAGCUAGGCCUCAAUGUCCACGUGGAUGAGAGCUACUACGUGGACGUGGGUGGAGACCAGAAACGCUGGAAGUGUCGUAUGUGUGAGAAGUCGUACACUUCCAAGUACAACCUGGUCACGCACAUUUUGGGGCAUAAUGGUAUUAAACCACACGGAUGCCACCUGUGUGGGAAACUGUUUAAGCAGCUGAGUCACCUGCACACACACCUGCUCACCCACCAGGGCAUGCGUCCACACAAAUGUCAGGUGUGCCAUAAAGCUUUCACCCAGACCAGCCACCUGAAGAGGCACAUGAUGCAGCACAGUGACGUCAAACCGUACAGCUGCAGUGUGUGUGGUCGGGGUUUCGCGUAUCCCAGUGAGCUUCGUGCCCAUGAACUAAAGCACGAAAAAGGCCAGGAGAACGUAUGCGUCGAGUGCGGUCUGGACUUCCCUACGCUGGCUCAGCUGAAGAGGCACCUGACCGUCCAUCGUGGCCCCACCCUUUACAGGUGUGCAGAAUGCCAGAAGACUUUCCAGUACCCGAGUCAACUUCAGAACCACAUGAUGAAACACAAAGACAUCAGACCGUACAUCUGCAGUGAAUGUGGGAUGGAGUUUAUCCAAUCACACCACCUGAAGCAGCACACGCUCACUCACAAGGGGGUGAAAGAGCACAAGUGUCGAAUCUGUGGUCGUGAGUUCACCCUGUUGGCCAACAUGAAACGACACGUCCUCAUCCACACCAACAUACGAGCCUACCAGUGUCACAUGUGCUUCAAGAGCUUUGUCCAGAAACAGACUCUCAAGGCUCAUAUGAUCGUCCACUCCGACAUCAAACCAUACAAAUGCAAGCUUUGCGGGAAGGAGUUCAACCGAAUGCAUAACCUUAUGGGCCACAUGCAUCUCCAUUCAGACAGCAAACCCUUCAAAUGCCUUUACUGUCCCAGCAAGUUCACCUUGAAGGGCAACCUCACCAGACACAUGAAAGUCAAACAUGGCGUCAUGGACAGAGGGCUGGAUGAAAGAUUGUUCAGGCAAAGGGGCCGAUUCUGCCUGUCCACUCCCAUGGGCCUCCUCACCCAUUUCAGCCAAGAAGAGCCGUUCGAUCUUUCCCAGAAGCCCACGGGCCUUCGUCUCUCCCAGUCUGAUGGCGAGAGCGUCCCCGGAAGCUCGUGUCAGGAAGAAGAUGAGGAGAGUCUUUACAGGAGGAGCCAGUACAGCCCUGAACCAGCAGGUGAGGACCAGUACAUCCAAGAGUUGGAGGAGAGGAGGCGGGGGUCUCCAGCUGAACCCCAAGAGAAACGGAAAAACCAUGACACGGAAAAGCAAGCGCACCCCCCGUAUGACCCAAGACGUCAGAUGGAGUCAACAGCCGAAACAUCUGACAUGACUUAUGAGUCCGACUUAGACUUAAAUGAGCAGGUAUACCAGCACGAGGCACCACGUCGACGAUCACAUGACUGCGACUCUGAUUCAGAGCCUGAAGAACAAAUUCAUCGACAGAAGAUAGAUAAAGCAAACAGAAACAAACAGUGGGCUGAUAGAUUGCCUGGGUCAGCUGAGAGGAACCGGAACACAGAGGAGAAAAGUGAAAUGGCAAAUCACCUUCACAAAUGUGAGUUUAUGGAAAUGACAGGUUCAGAGAAAGAGGAAGAAGACAAAGAAUGAGAGAGACAAGUGGAAGAAGGGUUUAUUUAAACAGAGAAAAAGAUGUAAAGAGAGAGGACAGGGGAAAGUUGGUGUGCAUCGAGUGAUGAAAAAGGAAAAUAAUGUUGGAGAAUGUGGAAUAUAGUAGCGUAACUGAAGACAGAUGUGUGUAUUAUGUUUGUUAAAGCAAAAAAUCAAACUGAAGUCACUGAAAUAAAAAGCUGUGAAGCAAACCGCAUGUACAUAUCAAACAUAGAUUAAUCACUGACAAAAUACUAUGAUUAUGACUGAGACUGCAAAUGAAAUACAGCAUAUUUAAUAGUUUUUUGUUUUUUUUACAAACUUUUUAGCAAUGUUAACGCACCAUGCGAUUUUAGUGUGAUAUUCAAUGUGGGUUUAACUUUUUGUUUAAAAUCACACCUUUGUGUUUGUUCAAAACCUUGGUUCGAUUAUAAGGUUUUAUGUCUUUUGUUGAACAUCAGAACAUUUGUGUAACAAAUGUGUAAUAAUCUGGUUUAUGAUGACAGUCUCUUUAAGUCUGCUUGUGAAAUAAACUGUGAUUUAAUGUUUUUAAUUGUUUUUUUAUGACUGUUUUAGUCCUAAGUGUGGGUCAUGAUUGAAUCUUUAUUGUAUGUCAGUGUAACAAUGGGCACCUAAAUAUGAUUCCUAAAAAUAAAGGUUAAAUUUCAAGAUUGAA